GGGUCCUGCCUGAGGGCGGUGUUGGGCCGGGCGGGCAGAGCCGGAGGAGAGGCCGCGGUGCUCGGGACGGGGCGAGGAUGGCGGGGAAGCCCGUGCUGUGAAGUGACUGAAAGUUUCGGCGGCGUGAGGCCGGGGCUGCUGCCGAGCGACCCCGCGCGGGCCGGAGACCCCGGUGCGGCACAGGGACUGUCACAGCGCGGGCCCCUGACGGGGACAAAAAGUGCUCUGAGAGACGAGGGUGCUUGGUGACACCGAUGUGUGCUGUCCGGAAACUCGGGUCCUGCUUGAUCCAGAGUCAUCGCUGCAGUAUCAUUCCUUAAUUUAGUGUUUUUAAACCAAUACCGUUAUGAGAGUCCGGCAUGAUUUCAUGGAGUGGUGUCUCAUGCCGCCUCGAUCCUCCGCAGUCUGAAGAAUGUUAUGCUGACUUCUUCAGAGAAGAUUUUGAUGUGAAAGCUUACACUUCCCAGUCCAUCCAUCAGGCUGUGAUAGCUGAGCAACUAGCAAAACUUGCCCAAGGUAUUAGUCAGUUGGAUAAAGAGCUUCAUUUACAAGUUGUUGCAAGACAUGAAGACCUGUUGGCCCAAGCAACUGGAAUUGAAUCCCUGGAAGGUGUCCUUCAAAUGAUGCAGACUAGGAUUGGUGCUCUACAAAGUACUGUUGAUAGAAUUAGAGUCAAAAUUGUUGACCCCUACAACAAAAUAGUGUCUCGCACAGCUCAGCUAGCAAAACUUCAAGCUGCCUGUGACUUGCUGCGGAGGAUAAUACGCAUCUUGUAUCUCAGUAAGAGGCUUCAAGGACAACUGCAAGGAGGAAGCAGAGAGAUAACAAAAGCUGCCCAGAGUCUCAAUGAACUUGAUUACCUUUCUCAAGGGAUAGACCUGUCUGGAAUAGAAGUAAUUGAAAAUGACCUGCUUUUUAUUGCAAGAGCUCGGCUUGAGGUGGAAAAUCAGGCUAAAAGGUUACUUGAGCAAGGUGUGGAGACUCAGAAUCCUACUCAAGUGGGAACUGCUCUUCAGGUUUUCCAUAACCUUGGGACUUUGAAGGAUACCAUCGCUAAUGUGGUGGAUGGAUACUGCACAGGCCUGGAGGAGAACAUUAAAAAUGCUUUGGAUAUCAAAGUGUUGACCCAACCGUCUCAGGCGGCUACAAGAGGUGGCCCUGGUAGAGCUGCUAUGCCAACACCUGGGAACACGGCAGCUUUUCGAGCAGCCCUCUGGACAAACAUGGAAAAACUCAUGGAUCAGAUCUGUGCUGCUUGUGGACAGGUGCAGCAUUUGCAGAAAGUAUUGACAAAGAAAAGAGAUCCUGUGUCACAUGUCUGCUUCAUAGAGGAAAUACUUAAGGAUGGCCAGUCUGACAUUUUGUACAAAUUUUGGACUGCAGUAACACAGACACUUUCAUCUCAGUUUCAGUCAGCAACAGACUCCUCUAUGUUUCUGAAACAAGCUUUUGAAGGAGAGUACCCAAAAUUACUGAGGCUUUAUAAUGACUUGUGGAAGCGCCUGCAACAAUAUAGUCAAAAUAUUCAGAGGAAUUUUAACACAAGUGGAACUACUGACCUCUUUGCUGAACUACAGCAAAUGGAAGAAGAUACACAGGACAUCUUCAUGCAGAAAAAACAAGAUUAUGAUCCAGAAAAGGCCUUGAAAGAUUCACUGCAACAAUAUGAAGCUGCUUAUUUGUCAAAAUCUUUGUCUCGACUCUUUGACCCCAUCAAUCUCGUCUUCCCUCCUGGAGGUCGGAAUCCUCCUUCUUCUGAUGAGCUCGACAGCAUCAUUAAAACUAUAGCCAGUGAGCUAAAUGUGGCUGCUGUUGAUCCAGACCUGAGUUUAGCUGUGGCAAAAAAUGUGGCAAAGACCAUUCAGCUCUACGGUGUGAAGUCUGAGCAGCUUCUGUCUACCCAAGGAGAUGCCAGCCAGGUGAUUGGACCACUCACAGAGGGACAGAGAAGGAACGUGGCUGUAGUUAAUUCACUGUACAAACUGCACCAGUCGGUUCUGAAGGUCAUUACCAAUCAGAGCUCAUUUCCAGCAGCCGCUGAGCAAACAGUUACAACUGCCUUAAAGGUGGUCCAUGAUCUAAUGGGUAGUGCUGUUCAACCGUUACUGAACUCUGUAGGAGAUUCAGUAGAAGCUAUUAUCAUCACUAUGCACCAGGAAGAUUUUUCUGGAUCAUUACCUAGCUCAGGAAAACCAGAUGUCCCCUGUUCUCUGUACAUGAAAGAACUCCAGGGUUUUAUAGCAAGAGUCAUGAGCGACUACUUCAGACAUUUUGAAUGUUUCGACUUUGUCUUUGAUAACACUGAGGCCAUGGCUCAAAGAGCAAUUGAACUUUUCAUUCGCCAUGCCAGUCUAAUAAGGCCCCUUGGUGAAGGUGGGAAGAUGCGGCUUGCAGCGGAUUUUGCGCAGAUGGAGUUGGCAGUUGCACCGCUGUGUCGGCGAGUCUCUGACCUAGGAAAGUCGUACAGACAGCUGAGGUCGUUCAGACCACUGCUGUUCCAGACCAGUGAGCAUAUUGCCAGUAGCCCAGCUCUGGGAGAGGUUAUUCCAUUCAGCAUUAUUCUUCAGUUCUUAUUUGCAAGAGCACCACCAGAGUUAAAAUCACCCUUCCAGAGGGCUGAGUGGUCCAUUGCCCGCUACUCCCAGUGGCUCGAUGAUCAUCCAUCUGAAAAAGACAGGCUCGCUCUCAUACGAGGUGCACUGGAAGCUUAUGUUCAAUCAGUAAGAACAAGAGAGGAAAAGGAGUUUGCACCAGUCUAUCCCAUAAUGGUUCAGCUGCUGCAGAAAGCCAUGUCGGCCCUUCAGUGAGUAUGUUUGGACAACUCUUCCAAAAGAGGGAAUGGACAGUACCACAGUCAUGGGUCUUUGUACUUCUGGUUCAUGUAAAUUAUUCCCAAACACAUGGGCUUUAUAGUGAAACACAAGUACCUCCUUCAUCCAUGCAACUUCUGCCUUUUUGCUUUACAUUCGCAUUAUAGAACUUACUUACUUAUACACAACUAUUAUAAGGAAAUUGUAUAAUUUCUAUGUGCUGUGAGCCUACAUCUAAUAAAAAUGAAUCAUUCUUGAGCAUUCCUUUUGAAUUUAGAAAGGUUUAAAAUCAGAACAUACUCAGACAUUACAGUGUAGUUGCUGAAUAUCUCAAAUAAGGAAGAUGCUCUUUUCCUCCAAGUACAGUUUUAAACAGUUGGAUACAUUUUAGCCUUAUUCAGAGAACUGUACUUUUGAAACUCUAGAAUCAUCAGUUUCCAUCUAAAAAAUCACUAAUUUUAACACAAGGAAAAAUAUUUCUAGAUUUACAUAAAUGGUUCUCUAGUGCACUGUUAUUCACUUUGAAAUAAUUUAUAUUGAUUUCAACUCUCUUUUUGCUUAAACUGUAAUAAAGAGCUUUGACUUAUCUAAUCCUGAACUCGGUAUUUGGAAUUCUUCAGCAGCUUCCCAAGUGCAAAGCAUCACACCAUACAGGACUGACUUCAUGAUGUCUUCAUCUUAUAAAAUACACACCACCAAAUUUUAAUGACUUUAUUUGAAAUAAUAUACAAGAAUAUAGUGUGCAAAAAAUUUUAGGGGCAACAUCAUGUAGACAUGUGUCAAACUGAAAUUUACAGUUGUGAUUCUUAAAAAAAAGAAACACACGGCUGUUUAGUACAUGAAAAGCCACGAUUGUAAAAGUUCACAGCAGAAGCAAUUUGUAAUCCUAAUGCAGCUGCUCUAAUUUUAGACAGUUGGAGGAAAAAAAAGUAAAGUGCAAGUGUUGCACGUAUAGUUAAGUGCAAAGUUUGCCCCCACCAUAAAGAUGUCGUAUGGCAAAAUAAAAUAUUGUAGAAUAUGUGGCAAAGACAAAACACAGAGUUAAAACUAUGAUGGUGAUGGUAGCAACAGCACCAUUUUUUUCUUGAGAUAACGCUACUUAUUCGUUUCAUCCUGUCUUGGGCCAUUGUUUCUACUGGAAAUAACAGCUCUCACUAGUGCCGGCUGGUGCAAAAAACAGCUCCCUUGUGGCUACAAGUGUUUGACGUGGCAACCCAAGCGGCAGCUCCCGCGCUCCACGACCCUGCGCUCUCCAUCCACCACGUUCCGGUAACUUGUUGGCAUCUGGGCAGGCUGGGAAGCAAGAGGCUGAGAGUACGUUUUGCCAUUUCAGAAAAGCCCAGGCCCCAGAAUCGUAAUCAAUAAUAUGGUUGUGCAAUACAUAUUAAUCAGCAAUAAGAAUCAGUGUAUAUAAACAGCUGUUACGUAUUUUAAAAUUCCCCUUUUUGUACAUUUUCUUCUAAAAAUAAACAUUUUUACAGGUC